CCACGCAGCUUGGAUUUCAGUCGUUAUCACAAAGCAAGUGUGGAGCCGAGGACGAGGUCAAAACAAUUCAAGACAGACAGGAAUCCGAGAGAGAGAUGACCCUAGUUUUGUCCAUGAAUCCUUUCCUGGACCCAGAGGGAGACCCUCCACUCUCCACAUACCAGCCCAUAUGGGAAUCGGAGCGUUGCACUAAGACCUGCCUAUCGAACCCUGCCCCACCACGCAACUCUGAAGAACAAUUUACGCAAGAAACCCACUGCAGGCGUGUUCCUGAUCACGUCUCGGUAUCAAGGAUUGCAUACUUCAAGAGGAAGUUUGUUGACGAUGACGAUGAGCCUCCCUUCAGUUUCAGGACAUACUGCCAGACUGUUGCGCCAGUACUGGAGGAGCGUGCCCAUGUUCUGCGCCUCUCCCUAGAGAAGAUGCGAUUCAUCGAUGAUCCUGAGGCCUUCCUCCGACGCUCUGUCCUUGUUAACAAUCUCCUUCGGCGCCUGCGAACUGAGAUCCUGCUCCAGAGUACUGACUGGUGCUUCCCACCAAACCCAGCAUUUACGACCGGCCCCUGCGUCCCGCCACCCAGCACUAAUCCCCCUCACCAGGCACUCCACGGAACAGUACCCACCCGGAUCUGCUUAGCACCCCAAGCCGGACCACCCUUCCGAAAGCGUUUCCGGAUGGUCCGUGGAGGACAGGGGGAUCUACGCCCUGACUGUGCCCAGACAUGCUGCUGCAUUUAUGCAGCGGCAGCUGCUGCAGGACACUACCUCCACCUUCCGUUCUCCAUGUAUGAUGCAGCACUCUCUACCUGUCCGUCCACACCGCACUCCUCCUCUUUUUUUCAGCUAGCUAACCACAGUAAGUUAGGGCUGACGGUGGCCGUCGAAGAGCAUGAUGACGAGGAUGAAGAUGCUGAGGAAGAGGAGGAAAAUGACGAAGAAGAAGAAGAGAGAGAAGAGGAGGAGGAAGAAGAAGAAGAUGAAAGAAGACAAGCUGGUCCUUCCCUUGAUGUUGUUAAGGACAAGUCAAGCCAGAAAAGUAGGACUAGGACCUUGCUGGGUCAUGUACGCACAAGGACAGAAGAAGACAGCUGCAUGACAGAUAGGGUAGAAGAGGAGGAGGAGGGGGAGGAAGAGGAUGAGGAGGAAGAGGAAGAGGAGGAGGAGGAAGAGGAGCAGGUUGUGAGACCUUGUCAAUGGGACUCUACCACCACAGAAAGGGAGCUGCACAAGGUCAGCUUUUGGCACCGCAGGGCUCAUAGACAAUAGAAAUCAUUUACAUCUGUUAGAACAAAAAUGUAAUGAUGACGAUAACUGUCAUCAGUUGAAGAUUAUUUCUCCUCAUAGCAGAUGAAGGUGAGAGUUACGUACACUAUUGUAAUGCCAAGUCAGCUUUAUUUUAAUGGUUUAAUAUACUCCAGGGUGGCACACAAGACAAACACCAUUCAACUGUAUUGCUAGCGUUAAGGUCAGAUAAAAAAAAGGAAAAAAUAAGACAGAUCUUGGCCACUGUUGGCACUGGAAAAACAGUUUUAAAGGGUAAGGUCACAUAUGGUGGGAUCUUAAAUCCCAAAGGUGAAGUGAAGCUUGCUAUUGCACUGUCUCCAAGACCAUUUUCAAGCCCCACAGCACAAAACUAAAGGUCUCAAGUAGGGCUUUAUAUUGGUGCAAUGGUCUCGUUUCAGGACCCUAAACAAACUUAUGAAAUGAAGGGUUGUGGAUUUGGGAGUGUGUGCUUUUGUGCGUAUAUGUGUGUGUGUGUGUGUGUUUGCAAGAUAUGAUGUAGCAUUUUCAAACUUGAUUUUAAGCUGUUCUUUUUAUUAAACGUGGGUUACAUGUGAUUACGUGUGCCCUGUUGAUUUUGACGCUGUCUCAGGCAAUGGCGAGCGACGGUGCUGGCAGUGGCGGCACAAUGUGUAUUCUUCAAAUUAUUAUUUUGAGAGACAACAAUCAUAAACAUUGGAAAUGUUAAAUCACAAUUUCAAGUGCCUUAGUGUUUUUAUAGAUAAAUGUAUAUUGUGUGUUAAUGUAAUUGUUCUUGUUACUAAGUAGAUAUCUUGCAUUCCAAGUGACUGCGUUUGACUAAAACAGGACACAGGCAUGUAGUUAAAUGCAGGGAUUCUUUCAAAUGUCUGAAAUUUCAAAGUUCCACAUUCAAAAUGCAUGUUUUCUAGUGCUACCUGUUUUGACAGUGCCCAAACUUUCAAGGACAGUUGCUAAAGCCUUGAAAAGCUGUGUUUUCAAAACCUCAUUUACAUGAAUUCGAUAUAACCAGAAAAGGUUUGUUAUGGUUUGGUUGGUCUGUCCAUUGAUGACGUUAAAAAAAAAAGGGAUGCCACACUUGAGACUAACAACAAAGUCUGUGCAGCAUUAUAAAAUAGUUUGAAUCAUAAUGCUGACUAGCAAAACAGUCUCUUUCCCCAGCUUAUUCAUAGAUCUAAAUGUGUAGCAGACAUAACAGGACAGGACAGACGGAUACAAUGAAAUUUAGUGUGUUUUGUGUGUAUGUGUGUGUGUGUGUAAAAAGAAAAGCUCCGGUUUAUUUUCAGUCAGCUCUUUUUGGAAGUUAAAGGAACAGUUUUUGCAGUUUUUACACUUUUAAAGAAAUAUACUUAUUUGCUUUCUUGCCAAGGGUUAGAUGAGAAGCUUGAUAAAAAAAAAAUCACCUUUAAAGCCAAUUAACACGUUAUAUCUCUGUGGUAUCUUCCUGGUGUCUCUGCUCAUUGCUCGGCAACUCGGAAGUUUCUGUGCGCAGCCAAGAACUAGUAAAUCCACAACGUGUCAUUUCAACACUUUAGGUGUUGAAUGGAUUAAUUAGUCAAUUUCAGAGCUUUAGAGGUUUUAGAAGGCACUUUAUUUUUUACCUUUGGACAGAGCCUUUAGUUCCCCCUGUUUCCAACCUCAGUGGCUGUGAAAUGAAGCCAAUGCGGAAGUGCCAGAAACUGCAAUUCCUCAAACGGCCUCUUGAGGAUGGCUGCAGGAGUGAGUCAAUCUCCAUAAGCGCCCAUACUAAAAUGUCCAACUUCACAGCAGAAAUAAGCAUGUUUACAUCCUGGUACAAAAAACAGUUUUGUUUUUAU